AUGGACCGCCGCACAUCACGCAACGACUAUGUCACCACAGACGAUGACAGCAACGAAAUAAGCUUAAUGCCCGCAGGCGAAGUAUCCCCAACCACUGAUACAGAGUCCGGACAAGCAGCAGAUAUUCCCUUGCCAAGCUUCAACAUGGAAAGCAAGAAAUUCUCAACUGCCGGCCCAACCAAACCAUCAACAUCGCCCACCAUAGACCGGGGCGAUCGUAGAUCCACGAUCAUCAGUCCUCAAAACUUCAUCCCUCUCUCAAUGCGAGCCCUGUUCUACUCCGUCGAGCCCGCCACCGACUCAUCAAUGGAACCUAUUCCCGACGGACCCGCAAGCCCCAAGCCCCGCCGCGUCAGCAAUCCCGGCACACGCCUCGUUCUCGAUCCCAACUUCCCGAGCCCUCAGCCCUCGCCCCAGGAGUAUCUGCUCAAAGUGCAGACGGCGGCGUUCUGUCAUGACGAGAUGCGUCUUUCGACGGCGCUGAAUCCGCAGAAGACGACCCCGCAGAUUCCCUUGCAUAGUAUUUGCGGGACGGUGGUCAGCACGCCGUCACAGGAUGAUGAGCGGCCAGAGGGACCCAUGUUCCAGAUCGGAGAUACGGUCUGGGGAGUGACGAGUUAUGUGCGUGAUGGCGGCGCGGCGGACUAUGCUUUGGCGACAGAGGCCGAAUUGGCUUUGAAACCGGCGAAUAUUGGCGCACAGGAAGCUGCGGCGUUGGCGCUUCCGGGAUUGACGGCCUGGCAGGCGCUAUUUAGGCAUGCGGAGAUUGAUCCCAACGUCAGAAGGAAUGGCAAUGGCAAUGGGGACGUUGAUGGAAAAGGAAAGGAAGUGCAGGGCAUUUCCAAGAUGGAUGACCACAAGGGUGACACAGAUGCUCCUAAAUCAAGCAUCUUCCCAGGGGGAAAUGGCGCGAAUGGGAAUAGCAAUAGCGGUAAUGAUCAAGGCAUGUUCAAGACGAACAUUUUCAAUGGUCAUUCCAACGGUUACACCAACGGUCACACCAACGGCCAGUCCAAUGGCAACGGCGAAAAGAAAAGUAUCCACGGCAGAGAGUACAGCAAUGGGCGGGGCAAUGGCUACAGUUGGCUGAGAAAGAGCAUGGAAAAUAUCAACAGCCUAGCCAGAAGUGCAAGCGUGAUGACUCUUGGCAACGGAAAUUCCAAUGGCAACGGUCAUCGAAACGGCAAUGGAAAUGGAAAGGAGAAGCGAAAGAGCAGCGGAAAUGGCCAUUUAUAUGGCUUUGGGAGACGAAGGAGCACUUGGCUGCAAGCAAAUGGGGGACCCAGACGAAGAAGACGAGGUUCUCAAGAACAAUUGCGUAUAUUGAUCACCAAUGCCCGAGAUAGCGAGGUCGGCCGUAUAGCUGUCCAACUCCUUCGAGCAGAGAUGAUCUUUCCAAGCUCAGAAAGGCCAUGGAUCUGUGUGACCUGCGCGACUACCGAGGAGGAGAUCGUCCGUGGAAGCUGGGACGUGGACGAAGUCAUCAUCAUACCACGGAUCCCGGAAGCUGAGGAUUGCGAGUUUGAGAAGAUUUUCCGCGCCCAGCGAUGGCCGCCCGUGGACGUCGUUCUUGAUUGUGCAGGAGGAAUCGUCUUUCGUCAAGUUCACUCACCGGCUGUUGUCAAGGAUGGUGGGGCUGUAUUGACAGCGGUCGAUCCUUGGCCAGCGCAAGAAACUUCUAACUCAGAUCCACAAGAUACGCUUGGUCGAAGAAAGCGCGGUCUGAAGACGAUGUUUGUACCUGUGAACCCGGAUGGUGCUUCACUGGCACGCAUUGUAGAUCUUGUUGAGCGUAAUAUGGUGCGAGGUCGACCUGAACAGGUCACUGAUCUGGUGCAGGCUGAUCGAUUGUUAAGAGACCACGCCGUGGCUGCAGGUGCUGCUCGACGCGGUGCCAUGAUGGUUGUCCGUGUGAAUUAG